UGAAGGGGCGGGGGAUUAGACGCCUCUGCUAGCUGGACCUGCGACACCAGAGUGGCUCAGGGCGGCUGCCCUAUUGUCGGCAAUGCCUGAGGCUAGGGAAUCCCCUGGAGAAUCCUGAGGGCCAGCUGCACCGCCUUGGAAGGAUCGCCAGAAGUUAGCCCCAAGGGUUCAGAGAAGCUCUCAGCUUUACAACUAUGGCCGGUGAUUUUAGGAAUGCUGUGAAUCAAGACAUGGAGAUAGGAGUCACUUCCCAGGACCACAAGAAGAUUCCCAAACAGGCUCGGGAUUACAUCCCCAUUGCCACGGACCGCACCCGCCUGCUGGCAGAAGGCAAGAAGCCACGUCAGCGCUACAUGGAGAAGACAGGCAAGUGUAACGUGCACCACGGCAACGUUCAGGAAACCUACCGCUACCUAAGUGACCUCUUCACCACCCUGGUGGACCUCAAAUGGCGCUUCAACCUUCUGGUCUUCACCAUGGUCUACACCAUCACCUGGCUAUUCUUUGGCUUCAUUUGGUGGCUCAUUGCUUAUGUCCGAGGUGAUCUGGAUCACGUGGGUGACCAAGAAUGGAUCCCUUGUGUUGAAAACCUUAGCGGUUUUGUGUCUGCUUUCCUGUUCUCCAUUGAGACAGAAACGACCAUUGGGUAUGGUUUCAGAGUCAUUACGGAGAAGUGUCCAGAGGGGAUCAUACUCCUUCUGGUGCAGGCUAUCCUGGGCUCGAUUGUUAAUGCCUUCAUGGUGGGGUGUAUGUUUGUAAAGAUCAGCCAGCCAAAGAAGCGAGCAGAGACCCUCAUGUUUUCCAACAAUGCCGUCAUCUCCAUGCGGGAUGAGAAACUGUGCCUCAUGUUCCGGGUAGGGGACCUCCGAAACUCCCAUAUCGUGGAGGCCUCCAUCCGUGCCAAGCUUAUCAAAUCCCGGCAGACCAAAGAAGGGGAAUUCAUCCCCUUGAACCAGACUGACAUUAACGUGGGCUUUGACACCGGUGAUGACCGCCUCUUCCUGGUCUCUCCGCUCAUCAUCUCCCACGAGAUCAAUGAGAAGAGCCCUUUCUGGGAGAUGUCUCGUGCUCAACUGGAACAGGAAGAGUUCGAAGUCGUGGUCAUACUAGAAGGGAUGGUAGAAGCAACAGGCAUGACUUGCCAAGCACGGAGCUCUUACAUGGACACAGAGGUGCUCUGGGGUCACCGAUUCACACCAGUUCUCACCUUGGAAAAGGGCUUCUAUGAGGUGGACUACAACACUUUCCACGACACUUAUGAGACCAACACACCCAGCUGCUGUGCCAAGGAGCUGGCGGAAAUGAAGCGGAACGGUCGGCUCCUCCAGUACCUUCCCAGUCCUCCCUUGCUUGGGGGUUGUGCUGAGGCUGGGAAAGAGGCUGAGCAGGAUGAAGAGGAUGAACCCAAUGGGCUGAGUGUGUCCCAGGCAACAAGGGGCUCAAUGUGA